AUGAGUAUCGGGUUGCUUGGUUUGAAUCACACGACUGCACCGGUUGAGGUGCGGGAGCGCUUUGCCGUCACUGGUGAGGAAGCAGAAGUUCUUGCCAGGAAACUGAUGCAGAGAGAUUCGCUGCAUGAAGCUCUGGUGCUAUCGACUUGCAACCGCGUGGAAUUCCUGGUAAGUGGAGAGCAACUGCAGCCAGUUCGGGAGUUCCUCGAGGACCUGCAGCCCCAGGACGAGCAUUUUUUCUACAACUAUUCGGAUCGCAAGGCGGUGAGACACCUGUUCCGGGUCGCUUCAAGCCUUGACUCGAUGGUGGUUGGCGAACCCGAGAUCCUGGGCCAGGUGAAAGAUGCAUACCAACAUGCCAAGGAUGCAGGAACGAUUCGCGGACCGCUUGAGCUGCUGCUGACCCAUACAUUCCGUGUAGCCCGUCGAGUCCGCAAUGAAACAGCAGUCGGGAAGAUGGCGGUCUCGGUCAGUUAUGUGGCAGUCGAACUGGCCAGAAAAAUUUUUGGAGACCUGGAUGGAUUGUCCGUGCUGCUGAUCGGAGCCGGUGAGGUGGCGGAGUCUGCCGCCCAGCAUCUGCAUGCAGCGGGAGCGUCGCAGCUUUAUGUGGCGAACCGAACGUACGAGAAGGCUUGUGAGCUGGCGCAGCGAUUGGAAGCUACAGCUGUGGAAUUCGACCGGCUGCUCGAAAUGCUGCAGAGCGUUAACAUCCUGAUUUCCUCGACAAGUUCACGGGAUUACAUCCUGACGAAACAGACUGCAGAAGGUGUGAUCGCCUCCCGCCGAAACAGGCCCAUCUUCUUGGUGGAUAUUGCCGUCCCACGGGACAUUGAUCCCCAGAUCAACGAAGUCGACAACAUGUUGGUUUACGACAUUGACGACCUGCAGCAGGUAGCGGCAGCCAACCAGAAGCAGCGGAGUCGGGAAGCCGUACCGCGGAAACGCCAUAUUGACGAGAGAAAACACGAGACACCAGAGAAGGUUUGUUGUGCGAGGGGGUUGCGAACUGAUGAUGUGGCCCCGACGAUUGUUUCAAUCGCAUCAACAAGAGGCUGGAGGAGAUCCGUCAAAGUGAGCUCCAGCGUUAUGGUCCAAAACUGGAUGGUUUGUCACCAGACCAGCAGGAAACAGUUGAUCCUUGACCCGAGGUAUCACCAACAAGCUGGCACAUCACUGGAUCAGACAUGUCAGACAGAGUGCUGCAGAUCCAAGGGCGGCUACGAAGAUUGA